ACUGCCAGUAGUGAACCAGGGCUAGGCCUCCUGCCAAUGGCUGCCAUUCAAGCUUGCCGCACCAUUAAAUGUCCACCAAUUCUGAGUCGGCGACUUGGACGAGCGCGAGAAGUUCUCUUUCCAUACUUGCCGUGAGCCUGGGGCUUUCUUUGUUUACGACCGCCUACGAGAGUUCGGUCAUCCCGCUGUUUGCCCGUGUCCCAACUCUGAAAUACCUUGGUCACGUCGUGCAUACGAGCACAGCAUUCGCCCUCAUAACCCCAAAGCUAUCUAGUUCAAAAAUCCUCUUGAUUCUCGGCUGUCUGCUUCUCCUAGCACCCCACACCUCUUACUGGAUUGGUGUUCAUGCUGCUAGAUUCAAGGAUCCCAUUUACAGUCCUCUCGUCACCCAUGCCUUUGUAUUGGCUCCCGUUGUGUACUUCUCAGUGUCUUUGGCGAUGAAGGUUGAUCCUACUUUGGCCCUCAUAGUACUCGCUGCCAAUGCGCUACAGCUUCGUCCACUAUUAGCAUUGAUAUUCAGUGCAUUGUCACUAGACGCCUCGAACAAUGUCAUUUUCGCUGCAUUGGGAUGUGUAUGCCUUGCUGUGUAUGGUUGGAUUAAAAUCGAUGGAGGCAGACAUAGCGCCCAUCCGAGUGCCCAAAACACUCGAUCCACAGUGGCCUUGAGUGUGAUUCCCCUAGUCUUUGCUGCACUUUUGAGUCUCAAUCCAGCCCUUCGAUCCCCGACGCUCGUAGAUUCCAUUGUUGCACCAUACAGCAGCCCAACUUAUCCGCUCCGUAUCCUGAAUUCGACCCAGUCCAAGACUGGUGUGGUGGUGGUUGGCGAGAUUUUACCUCCGGCCGACGGGAGCUCGACCCCUCUUCACUCUAUCCGUUACCUUCGAGCAUCUCACUCGUUACUGGGAGGUGUAUGGAUUGGGGACGAAGUGGCUACACUCGACAGUUUCCCUCCGCUGACCGACCAAUAUGGUGCUCCUUUAGGAGAUUCGAUCUACAGCGCAUUUGUUCUUCAGGAGGCAGUGCGACUUGUCAAUAGCACUCCUCAGGGAAGGAAGGGAGAGUUCAAUCAUGCGCUCAUAAUAGGUCUUGGCACUGGGAUCUCCGCAAAUGCGUUUGCCCAACAUGGCAUAGCAACAACUAUUGUUGAAAUCGACCCUGCUGUGUACGAUGCCGCGCGCCAGUAUUUUGGCCUAUCGGAUCCUGGUCCCAAUAAUGUAUUCCUGCAGGAUGCGAGGGGGUGGGUUAGAAGUAGGAGAGCGAUGGUGGAAGCUGAAGACCCCUCCGCAAUCAAGUAUGAUGUUGUCGUCCAUGAUUGCUUCUCUGGAGGGGGAGUACCUGAGCAUCUCUUUUCCAUUGAGUUUUGGAAUGAUCUCAAGACCAUCUUAAGUCCAGAAGGUGUCAUUGCCGUGAACUUUGCUGGAAAACUCGCAUCCGACUCCUCGCAAGCUGUACUAGCCACUUUAUUGCGAGCCUUUGGGCAAUGCAGAGCCUUCCAUGACCAUGUUGAGCCCAUCUCCCAGGAACAGUUUCACUCCCAUUUCAUCAAUAUCGUCUUCUUUUGUUCACCAUCUCCAACACCACUCACAUUCCGACCCGCAGUCAAAGAGGACUAUCUCCAUUCAUAUCUCCGCCGUCACAUUUUAUCCAGUCUGGACAAACGGGAAAUUAGGCACACCCAAAUCGGAGACAACUCUAUCUGGUCCGCGGCCACAGAAGAGAAGUUCGUUCUGACUGAUGCGCACAACACACUGAACACAUGGCAGGAAGGAGAAGCAUUUGAACACUGGAAACUUAUGAGGGAGAUGGUGCCAGACGUGUCGCUCUGUCUCUUGAUGCUGGGGAACGGCUUCAAGUUCAACUUCAGAAAAUGUGGAGAACAAGCGCCAUGAGAGUCGGGAUCAAGAACGUUUCACAGCUUCUCAUGCAACCCUAUGCAACCGCCGAGGAUCGAAAAUGAUGCUGGAACCAGGUUAAUCAUGGCUGUGCACCGUGUGGGCUCCACUUGGGAAAUCGGAAGGAGUGUGGACAUGAUUGAUGUGCACUUGACCAUGCGGCAGCCACAAGCAGUGCAAGCAGCACAUUUAUAGUGGGCUGCGAGAAACACAGUCCGCAAAACGUGUACAACUUUCAGAGUAUUUAGCGCUCGUGUGUGUCGUGCCUCAGAUUCUUAUAGGCAGACCAUAACAGAAGGAAGACAGUCGUUCCUUCUAUAUCAUGGUUACGGUUGUCUUGUAAAGCGAUCGGCAU